GGAGGAGCCAGGCUGGACCGUAUUGUUCCGCGCUCUGCCGUGUAGGGCGCGGGGCGCAAGGCUUCCCUUGUCCCUCUCCCCACCCCCGCUCUCCGAGCGCCAGAGGAGGCUGGGGGUGGCUCGUGCGCCCCGAGACGCCGCUGCCCGGCUUGCCCGGUGGGUGUGCGUCCUCCGAGCGGUACCGGGAAGGGGGUGCUCUGCGGCCGCGCGCCCAGGACGGCUCCACCCAGGGCGGGGGUCCCGAGUGGGCCGCCCGCCGCAACGCAGUCCCCUGCCGGGUUCGCGGUCCCAGGGGUUGGGGCCGGCGAGGAGCUAGAGUCCUUCACCCUCCCUCGCCGCGAGCCUCCGCAGGAGUCGGGCGUCCCUGCUCCCCGCGAUGGCCGCGGGCCGCCGCCAUACGGAGCCGCGGCGCGGACCCCAGGGCACCCCUCUCUAGCGAGGCGCAGCUACUUUUCGCCCCCAGCCUGGCCAGCGGGAUGGGGGGCGGCGGGUCGGCCCUGAGGGUCUGCGCCGACCACCGCGGGGGCAUCAACUGGCUGAGCCUGAGCCCCGACGGGCAGCGCCUGCUGACCGGCAGCGAGGACGGCACGGCCCGGCUCUGGAGCACCGCGGACGGCCAGUGCUGCGCGCUACUGCAAGGACACGAAAGCUACGUGACCUUCUGCCACCUGGAGGAUGAGGCUGCCUUCACCUGCAGCGCCGACCACACCAUCAGGAGGUGGGACGUGCUGACCGGCCAGUGCCUGCAGGUGUACCGCGGACACACGUCCAUCGUGAACAGGAUCCUGGUUGCCAACAACCAGCUCUUCAGCAGCUCCUAUGACCGGACUGCUCGGGUCUGGAGUGUGGACGAGGGGCAGAUGUGCCGGGAGUUCCGGGGCCACCGCAACUGUGUGCUGACUGUAGCCUACUCUGCCCCGUGGGACCUCCCCGGCGCUCCCUGCAUGGAAGAGGCUGUGGCCGGGGGGCUCCUGGUGACCGGCAGCACAGACGGCACAGCCAAGGUGUGGCAGGUGGCCAGCGGCUGCUGCCACCAGACACUGCGGGGCCACACGGGCGCGGUGCUAUGCCUGGUGCUAGACACACCCGGCCACACGGCCUUCACGGGCAGCACUGAUGCCACCAUCCGCGCCUGGGACAUCCUGAGUGGGGAGCAGCUGCGGGUGUUCCGGGAGCACCAGGGCUCUGUCAUAUGUCUGGAGCUGGUGAACCGACUGGUGUACUCUGGCAGCGCAGACAGGACUGUCAAGUGCUGGCUGGCAGACACGGGGGAGCGUGUGCGCACAUUCACGGCCCACAGACGCAGCGUGAGCGCCCUUAAGUACCACGCGGGCACCUUGUUCACGGGCAGCGGGGACGCCUGCGCCCGAGCCUUCGACGCGCAGUCGGGAGAGCUGCGGAGGGUGUUCCGAGGCCACGCGUUCAUCAUCAACUGCCUCCAGGUGCACGGCCAGGUGCUCUACACCGCCUCGCACGACGGCGCCCUGCGCCUCUGGGAUGUGCGCGGACUCCGGGGCGCCCCGCCGCCCAUGCGCAGCCUCUCGCGCCUCUUCAGCAACAAGGUGGGCUGCGCCGCCGCGCCCCUGCAGCCGGCCUGAGCCCCCGGGGCCCCUGCGGACGCCCGCUCAGAUGCCCUCCGGAUCCCAGAGCGCCCAGCCCUGUGCCCCGCGGCGGCGGCGCCGGCGUCCGAUGGCCGGGGAGGAGCGAGGAGGCCCUGGCUGGAGGAGCGCCCGGAGCAGGCGUCUCGUUUUUCCUGGGUGGCCGGGAGGCCCUGGGAGCGGGCGUGUUCGCCCUGGGGGCCGGCCACGUUUUCCUUUUCGGGUGGCUCCUGCCCUCCCUCCCUACCCCUGACCCGGCGGGAGGCCUAGUCCCCGGCCCCUCCUGGGACUCUCCCACCUCAGGGCUGCAGGCGGACCGCGCCGGCACCCCCAGCCCCACGCAGCUGGGCCUUUCCUGCUGAGAGGAAGUGACUUUACAGAAGCCACUGAAACUGGUUGUUUUGGCAAAUUGUCGUCUCGCGGGCCUAGGGGGGAACUGAAAUACACAGCCCGCGAGUUAAAAGUG